AUGACGAAAUGCAACAAGGUGACCAUGAGCGUUCUCUGUCUGUUUGUUUUAGCCAGUAUCGGUAUAAACAAGUAUUUCAAUCCAUCAGUUUUCGUGAAAAAAGAGUUUGAAAAACUGAGUUUUCAAGAUACUAUCAGCGAAAUUCCGCACGUGACACCGAAGGUUACUAAAAUCCUGGUUGUAGCAUACAUGCGGAGUGGUUCGUCCUUUACUGCCGAGUCACUACAGCAUGGUCCUGAUGUUUCGUUUUACAGCUUUGAACCCCUUUUGAACGUCGUUAAGGGUUCCAUAUAUGCGAUGGACUGCAAAGGUAGUAAUUGUAGAGUGGUGAACCGGACGGAUGAAUUGUCUCAGACGACUGCUUCAAUAAUCAAGAACAUAUUUGAAUGCAAGAUGUCAGCCCUUCCCGAUGAGGCGUUAUAUGCAUUUUCUGUUUUCUCGCAACUUCGUGAUCAUGGGAGAUUGAAAGACUGUUUCCCAAAGCCCGAGGAGUUUAAACAGAUAACGAACAAUACAAGGUUAAGUAGCAUGAUGGAACGAAAAUCACAAUGUCUUUCUUUUCUGGAAUCCAGAUGUCGAAAUUCAACAGUUCGUGUUAUCAAGACAAUUCGAAUGUCGUUACAUUUGUGUAAGGACCUAUCAAAGACAAUAGAAAAUAUGAAGAUACUUCACUUAGUACGUGACCCGCGAGCUUCGGUCUACUCACGCAGAAACCUUGGUCUUGAUUUCAGUAAUUCAUUAGUUAAGAUAUUAUGCAAUAGGAUGUCACAUGAUAUUGAUGAAGGUCAGCUGAUAGGGUCUUAUUUUCCCGGUCGGUUUUAUUCACUUAGAUAUGAAUGCCUAGCACGAAAUCCGGAAACAGUUUUAAAAAAACUGUACAGCGACAUGUCUUUAGAAUACGAUUCAGAGACUGAGAAAUGGAUGCAGCUAUAUAUGAAAUCUCAGAAUCGCGGCCAAAACGGUUACCAAGUCUUCAAAUCUAAUUCUUCCAGUCGAUCUACCAAUUGGCGCUUGAGAAUUCCCUAUAUAGACACUCUGAACAUCGAUUCACUGUGCAAAGAUGUGUAUACAAAGAUAGGAGCGCGUUCAUUCAAUUCUGCGAUGGAACUUGAAAAUCUAGGAAUGAGUGAUAUGUAUGUUACUCCCUAUACCGAACGAUAUUGUAAAUAA